AUGAAUAGCGUGAAAAGAGUUAAACUAGAUUCCAAGAUGGUUAAGCAGAUUUGCACACAUUCCGGAUCCUUUCACGCAGACGAGUCGUUGGCAGUGUACAUGUUGAGGCUAUUGCCCGAGUAUAAAGAUGCUAAGCUCGUCAGAUCAAGAAACCCUAAGGACUGGGAGGCUAGUGACAUCUUAGUAGACGUCGGUGCCCAGUACGACGGUGUGAAGUUCUUCGACCACCACCAGCGUGGGUUUUUUGAAACAUUCAAUGAGAACUACAAGACCAAGCUUUCAAGUGCCGGUUUGAUCUUCAAGCACUACGGCCGCGACAUCAUCAAGACUAUUUUAAACGGCAAAUCCAGCAGUGCUGACAUAGACUUGCUGUACGACAAGGUGUACAAGCAGUUUGUAGAGGCACUGGAUGCCAACGAUAACGGUAUCAACAAGUAUACCAUUCCUAAGGACUCCAGGUUAGAACCCAAUUUCAGGGACAACGCCAUCAGCAUCCCCGGAAUCGUUUCAGGAAUGAACCCUAACUGGAACGAGGAUUCCUCCGAUGAGUCCUUCGACAGAUGCUUUGCUCGUGCCAGCACGUUUAUCGGCGAGGUCUUCGUCACACUGGUGAAAGGCUACGGCGAAUCAUGGUUGCCAGCCAAGGCCCUUGUCGCGCAGGCGAUUGAGGAAAGAAUGGACGUUGACAAGAGUGGCAAGAUCAUUGUUUUGCCCCAGUUCUGCCCAUGGAAGGAACAUCUUUACGAGCUAGAAAGAGAGAAGAGCAUCGAAAAACAGAUCGAGUUUGUCCUGUUCACAGACUCCUCUGGUGCCUGGAGGAUCUCCACCGUGCCCAUCAACUCCACCUCUUUCCAAUUUAGAAGAGGCCUGCCAGAACCACUGAGAGGCCUCAGAGACGAAGAGUUGAGCUCCAAGAGUGGCGUCCCAGGAUGCAUCUUCAUCCACGCAGCGGGCUUCAUUGGCGGUGCCAAGACCAAGGAGGCCGUCUACGAGUUAGCUAAGAUGUCGCUAGCCUAA